GCGGAGGGUGCGCGCGUGAAAGCGGAUACUUUGGAAAGCGAGGAAUCACAGCACCGUCAUAGCUAUCCGCGCCCUGACGCACAAACAGGCCAGGGCUAAACUUAUGCCGCUGUCGCCGUGAUCUGCGCGUGUUCGCACGCAGCCCACACCGCGGACGCUGCACUUCGCGAGAGACGACGUGGAUAAAAGCAAUCGCUCACGAACCGGCCUCCCGAUUCAUCGGGCUCCAGUAUUAUUUUCGAACACUUCGUUUAUUUAUUUCCCCUUUAGAGUAGAAAAUUCAACAAUACAACAUGUGUGCUUCACCGAAGAGCGUCACCAUGAGGGUGCUCGUUUGCAGCAUUCUCGUACUCUGUGUGUCGAGUCAAGAGAGUGCCACUAGGAGCUACGAGGCGGACCUGCGAGAUAUCGCACAGGUAGUGAUCAAAAAGUUCUUCCCCAUUGUCUCGGAACUCGUGACGAGUCCCGAGCUCUCCGUGGACUGCUCAUCGAGUCUACUGAAAACCUUCUCUGGAUUGCGGCAACAGAAAGCAUGGGCGUACCGAAUGAUUCUCUCGAAUGCCAUGCUGUCCAGCAACCCACUGGAGGGCACGUACGUGGCCAUGGGAGGUUACGACCAGUGCUUGCGCACGCGCGUUUAUCUGGCCGACGGUGAGCUGGAUUUCAAGGGCCAGUACUGUUCGCUGUUCUACAAGCUGCCACCAGCAUACUUCGAGACAUUUAUCAAACGCUUCCAUGAGAUUGGAGAGUUGACUGGCCGGAAGAAUCCUCUGACAGCAACUUCAGCCGAUGAAUUUCAGAGUGUCGACACGAGAGGUGCCCUCUGCACGCCCUCAACGUGCACUGAACAGGACAUGACUUUCAUGAUCAGAUCGAUAUUGACCCUUUAUGGUGGAAACGCAACAGUGACUUCAUGCCGGACAGAAGAUCCGAAGACGCUGAGCACAGCCCAUAUCAUUUGCUUAUCGAUCCUUGGUUUUCUGCUACUGCUAGUCUUAGUCGGCACAGGAACUGAGUUGAUAAUUAGGAAAAGAUGUCCCAAGAAAAAAUCUCCAACUCGUGGGCCUCUCAGAGUCAUCUUGUCCUUCUCAGCUAUCACAAAUACAUGGUACCUGCUACGGACGGAAAUAAAGCCAGAGCGAAAAGCGCUCGGAUUUAUGGCUGGCUUGAAAGUCAUCAUGGCAUUCUGGGUUGUACUCGGCCAUGCCUACAUACUUGUACCAACUGGAUUCUUUCAUUCGGUUUACACCAUGGAGUACAUGACAUGGAAUUUCACGUUCCAGUUUAUAAUCAAUGCCUUCCUCAGCGUUACAACAUUUUUCUUCAUUAGCGGCUUUCUACUUUCGUAUCUGGUAACAGAAUCGCGGUCAUCUGUCCUGAAUAAUAACCUGCUACUCGUUUACAUAAGUCGAGGAGUUCGCCGUUACAUCAGGUUGACCAUUCCAACUUUGGUGGUGCUGGUGACGGGUCUAUUGCUCCCUCUCACGGGAUCGGGGCCGGCUGACGAGGACGCCUACAACCAGCACAUUAGGAGUUGCUACCACAACUGGUGGAGGCUGAUUGUGCAAGCACAGAACUUCGUCGAGGAGGGCCAGCUGUGCCUCCAGCAUUUGUGGUAUGUCAGCACAGACCUGCAAAUAUUCAUGUUCAUCGCCUUUCCGCUGACUCUUCUACUUCUCAAAUACCCAAAGACGUCUCAAGUUAUAGGCGUCAUCGUCGCCGUGGCCUUCUGCAUCAUGACGUGCCUUCAGACACACUCGUGGAACCUCUUCUACGCUUUAAACGGCGGAUCGAAUGACAUGAGGAAAAUGCAGAGGACGCUUCUAUACGUUUACAUCCGGCCGUUCACUCAUGUGGCCACAUACAUCGUGGGUAUUCUCUGUGGCUACGCUGCAAGUCAACAUAAGAAUAAGCACAUCCACUUGAUGCUGCAGGCUGUCUUGUGGUGCCUGUCCCUUGUUCUUGCCUGUGCGGUGAUGUUCGUCACGGUACCCUGGAACCAAGGCAUGCUUCCUGAGGACUUGUCCAACUCGAUUUAUGCCGGCUUUCAUCGAAUCUCCUGGGCUAUCGCAUUCUGCUGGCCAACGUACGCUUGCGCAACUGGAAGAGGUGGCUGGCUGAACAAGAUGUUCUCGUGGAAGUUUUUCAUCCCGCUGUCAAGAUUGACAUUCAGCAUCUACCUUGUUCACGUUCUCAUCUACAUCGCCCGCAUGAUUCGUCUCCGGACAUACGUUAACACCGAUGAGUUCUUCCAGCUCAACGUUGCGCUGGGCGUGUUCGCUCUGAGCAUCGUGUUCGCCUACGUUCUGCACAUACUCAUCGAGGCUCCCGUCUUUCAACUUGAGAAAAUCUUGUUCGAGCGAAAAUCGGAGGAAGAUGCGCCACCAGCUAUAUUAAAGAACGCGAAUGGCGUCGAGCAUGCGAAUGGCUUUGAGUAUGCUAAAGGCAAGGACGAACCCAAGAGCAGUAUUCUCUAGGCAUUCCUUUUCAAUAUAUUAUGGCGACGUAAAGCGCCAUAACUAGACCAGCGCUGAGCUGUCAACUUGGCAAUAUACCAGCCAACUGCAAACAAGUGCCACGGCCAUUCAGCAGUUGUUCCACGGAGUCAGUCACUUAACGGAUAUAGUUUGUUGUACAUAGACUUGCAAAGUCACACUUAUCAGGUACGGCAUCGCACAGCUGAGCUCAAGGGCAUGAGUUUAAGUUCCGGCCAGGGCGGCCGCAUUUCAAUGGGAGCCGAAUGCAAAGAACACCCGUGUUCUAAGAAUUAGGUGCACGGUAAAGGAUUUCCUGUGGUCAAAUUUAUUUCAAACACCUCCACUAAUGCGAUCAUAUUGUAAACGUGGCACGUAAAACACUACAGUUAUCCUAUGUAAGCCACAAAUUAAAUGCAAAAGAGGCACGUCUGGCGCGUGCACGGCAACUAUGUGCUGAAAUAUUUACAAAAGUCAGAAUGAUGCGUCUAGUUAACUUUUCGUGUGGGGGCUAUUUUUAACGAACGCGCGUUACCUCUAGUUCACUUAAGCGAUUUCCGCUGAAGAAUGUUUGUAAGUAGGUUGUUUUUAUUAUGGUGUACUGAUUGUUGUUUAUGCGAAUGCGUUAAUAAAAAAUAUGCGCGAUG